AUGGACAGCGGACCAUCUCCAUGGACAGCGGACCCUCUCCAUGGACAGCGGGCCCUCUCCAUGGACAGCGGAACAUCUCCAUGGACAGCGGGCCCUCUCCAUGGACAGCGGACCAUCUCCAUGGACAGCGGAACAUCUCCAUGGACAGCGGAACAUCUCCAUGGACAGCGGACCAUCUCCAUGGACAGCGGAACAUCUUCAUGGACAGCGGACCCUCUCCAUGGACAGCGGGCCCUCUCCAUGGACAGCGGACCAUCUCCAUGGACAGCGGACCAUCUCCAUGGACAGCGGACCCUCUCCAUGGACAGCGGGCCCUCUCCAUGGACAGCGGAACAUCUCCAUGGACAGCGGACCCUCUCCAUGGACAGCGGACCCUCUCCAUGGACAGCGGAACAUCUCCAUGGACAGCGGACCCUCUCCAUGGACAGCGGAACAUCUCCAUGGACAGCGGAACAUCUUCAUGGACAGCGGAACAUCUUCAUGGACAGCGGAACAUCUCCAUGGACAGCGGAACAUCUUCAUGGACAGCGGACCCUCUCCAUGGACAGCGGGCCCUCUCCAUGGACAGCGGAACAUCUCCAUGGACAGCGGAACAUCUUCAUGGACAGCGGACCCUCUCCAUGGACAGCGGAACAUCUCCAUGGACAGCGGACCAUCUCCAUGGACAGCGGACCAUCUUCAUGGACAGCGGAACAUCUUCAUGGACAGCGGACCAUCUCCAUGGACAGCGGAACAUCUCCAUGGACAGCGGAACAUCUUCAUGGACAGCGGACCAUCUCCAUGGACAGCGGACCAUCUCCAUGGACAGCGGAACAUCUCCAUGGACAGUGGACCAUCUUCAUAAACAGCGGACCCUCUCCAUGGACAGCGGAACAUCUUCAUGGACAGCGGAACAUCUUCAUGGACAGCGGACCAUCUCCAUGGACAGCGGAACAUCUUCAUGGACAGCGGAACAUCUUCAUGGACAGCGGAACAUCUUCAUGGACAGCGGAACAUCUCCAUGGACAGCGGAACAUCUCCAUGGACAGCGGAACAUCUUCAUGGACAGCGGACCAUCUCCAUGGACAGCAGAACAUCUCCAUGGACAGCGGACCCUCUCCAUGGACAGCGGAACAUCUCCAUGGACAGCGGAACAUCUCCAUGGACAGCUGA